AUGGCGGCCGGCGCCUUCCUGGGAAAUGGAGCCGCUAAUGGCGGCANAGGGGAGCGCGGGACACAUUGCUGGAGGAAAAAGACAGCCGCCACUCUAGGUGUCGGGGUGACGGCGACUGUCAAGAAGUUUGGGGACAUGGACGAGGUGCGCGAGCUGGAGGUGGCGCUGAGGCGCGGCCAGGAGAGCCGGCGCCAGGCCGAGGAGGAGAGCCGGCUGUGCGCGCAGGAGGCCGCCGCGCUGCAGCGCCAGGCGCUGGAGCUGGAGCAGCUGCGCGCGAUGCUGGAGGACGAGCUGCUGCGGAUGCGCGAGGCCUACGAGCUGCAGGCCAGGGAGCGGCAGAGUGCGAUUGCCUGCCUGGAAGACGAGAAGGCAGCCCUCACCUUGGCCAUGGCCGACCGGCUGCGGGACUAUCAGGAGCUCGUGCAGGUGAAGACCAGCCUCAGCCUGGAGGUGGCAACCUACCGAGCCUUAUUGGAAGGAGAAAGCAACCCAGAGAUAUUGAUCCUGAGCAAGCGCAUUGAGAACCUGCCACAAGCGCUCAGAAACACAUCCCAUCAAUAUACCAAGUCGGUGUUACAGAGGGAGAAUGAAAGGAAUCUGUUCCCAAGGCACAAGCCACCUCCGGGGAGCUUCCGUCGCAGCUGGGCACAGCCCGUGUCGCAGAGACGCUUCCUGGGCCCCGGCUAUCCUUCCAUCGCCACCGCCCGGCGGGAGACCUCUUACGAAAAAGCUGCCCACAGUCAAGCCAGCUACAGAACUUUCUCUCCAAUGUACGGGCUUUCGAGAAAGACAGAGGUUCAAGUGCAGACAUUCCCCAGUAGACCAAGAACGGAAGGAACCAAGGCCGGUUUAGCCAGAGAGGCCACCCUUGCCCAGGAGUCAUACCGAGGACGCGGAGACAUUGUGGCAGCAGGUGCUUCCGAAGGCGUCUGGUCAAACGAGAGGACCGUUGUUUGGGGAAAGAAAACAGAAGCGCCGGCCACGAGGGAGCAGGAGAGAGACAGGCCAAGAACGGUCCAAACAAAGCGAGAGGAGAAGAUGUUCGAUUCUAAGGAGAGGGCUUCCGAGGAGAGAAACCUGCGGUGGGAAGAGCUGACCAAGUUAGAUAAAGAGGCGAGGGAGAGAGCGAGCGAGCACAGGAGGGACAGGGCGCAGGGGCGGGAGUCGCUGAAGGAGAAGAGUCCCAGAGGAAGAGAGAUUCCGAUCAGCCUGGAAGUGUCCCGGGACAGCAGAGGAGAGGGGACCCAGAAAGGGGUCCACACUCCCCCAAAAGACACGGGCGGUGGGCCAGGUGGAGGGGCGGACACGAGAGAGACGAGGCUCAGGUUGGACAAGGCAGACACUAGAGAGAUGAGGUUCAGGGUGGACAGCGGUGACACGGCAGACACUAGAGAGACGAGACUCAGGUUGGACACCGGUGACACGGCAGACACUAGAGAAAUGAGGUUCAGGUUGGACACCGGCGACACGGCGGAGACUAGAGAGACGAGGCUCAGGUUGGAUACCGGCGACACGGCAGGCUCUCUGAAGGGCGAUCCCGUGACGGAGACCAUAGCGGAAAGCAUCGUGUCCAGUGUCCUGAAGCGGUUUACGCAGUCCCCCGACUCAGAAGCGGCUGCGGGUUCCUUUCCGGACACGAAAGUCACUUACGUGGGCAGGAAGGAGCUUCCCGGGGACAAGAGGACAAAGACUGAGAUCGUGGUGGAGUCGAAGCUGACCGAGGAGAUCGAUGUGACGGACAAAGCCGGCCUGGACUACCUUUUGAACAGGGACAUGAAGGACACGGUGGAGCUGAAAGGAAAAUCCACGGAGCAGAUGAUAGGGGACAUCAUCAACCUGGGCCUGAAGGGAAGGGAGGGGAGAGCGAAGGUGGUCAACGUGGAGAUCGUCGAGGAGCCGGUGACCUACGUGGGGGGCGGGAAGGCUGAGUUUUCCACCCCGUUCCGAGUGGAGGAGGCGGACGACGUGUCUCCGGGCUCCAAGGGGCUUGGCGAUGAGGGAGGUGACAGGGAAACGGGGGUCACGUUCUCCUUGGGCCGACGUGAGGAGGCCAGGCUGCCCCUGGAGAGCGUAACUCACGUGGAAGAAGUGACGGAGGCAGGUGACUGGGAGGGCGAGCAGAGUUACUUUGUGUCGACACCCGAUGAGUUCCCCGAGCACGACAUCGGGCAGGACAUGGGGCAGGACAGGGAGGAGGGCUCGGUGUAUGGGCAGAUCCACAUCGAGGAGGAGUCCACCAUCAGGUACUCCUGGCAAGAUGAAAUUGUGCCGGCGUCUCGGAGAAGGUCGGCGAGGGACAGCGCCUCGGGGGAGAGGGUCGUGGAGCCACCAGAUGUUCCAGAACCUCCUCUGGAGGGGGACUUGGGUUCUCCGCACUGGAUAGAGGAAACUAGAAGUGGCGAGUUUCACACUGAAGCCACAGUCACUGACAAGGAGAUUAAAAUACCGCUCGAGUUCCACACGUCCAUCAACAGGGACUUCAGGGAGCCCAGGCACCAGCUGGCGGAGGUGAUCGGGCAGCUGGAGGAGAGCCUCCCGCAGCGGGUGAGAGAGGAGCUGUCUGCCCUCACCGAGGAGGGCCAGGGCGCGCAGGGCCACCUGUCGGUGGACGUGAAGAAGGUCCAGGCCUCCGGCAGGGGCGCCACGACCUUGGUCGCCGAAGUCAACCUCUCGCGGACCGUGGAUACCGAUCAGUUAGACCUGGAGGAGCUGAGCAAAGAUGAAGCCGGAGACAUAGAGAAGGCCGUGGAGUCGGUGGUGCGGGAUAGUUUGGCCAAGCGGCACAGCCCGAGGCCUGGGAGCCCUGACGGGGACACUGGAGCCCCGGCGGCCGGCUAUGGCUUCAAGCGCUGGGCCACCCAGGAACUGUACAGCGCCUCCGGUGGGGACGAUGACACCGGCUGGGCCUCCCACAGCACAGAGAGGGUCACUACGCGGGGUCCGGUGUCAGCCACCGUGGAGGUCACCAGCCCGAGGGGCUUUGCCCAGUCACGUGUGCUAGAGGACGUCAGCCAGUCUGUAAGACACAUUAAAAUAGACCCCACUGGGAUUUGGAGGACUGAGCGGGUCCCCCCCGAAGGACCCUCUGCAGGAGAGGUAAGUGGGGACGGCAGCCUGAGCCGGGCAGCCAGCUCGGGGUGACCCAGCUGGCCUGUGAGGCACUUUACAUUAGGUCCUGAUCAAAGUCAAGUGUCCAAAGAAACCUCCCAAGGGCCCGUCCCUGCCUGUGGGGAGGCGGGGGGUGCAGAAGAGUCUGGCCCCCCAGGACUCUCCGCGGAUCCCGACAGAUCAGGGAGCCACAGUGUUUGGCUCCAAACAGUUUCCUGCUCAAAGGGAAAGUUUUCAGGACCCUAUUUCUGGGGUGAGGGUGAGGGGUUGGUGAUUAUUUCCAAACAGAAGAAUUGGUGGGUACCCAGACUUCUGUGAAGCACCUUCAGUUAAGCCUCAGAGAGGGGCUCAGCGAGCAAGUCCCUGUCACAGUCCCCCUUUCAGCCACUAUGGAGUUGGGUGUGAGAGCAGCUUCUGAGCACAGCAGAGAGUGGCCAGGGAAGGGCACAUCCAGCAGGCAUGUCACAGUCAGUGCUCAGGGGCUUCGUUACCACCAAGCAGAUCAUUCCCCGGCCUGGGGAAUUUAGCGACUCAGAAGGCAGUGCCUGUGGAGAGGGCUCAGCAGACAGGACCCAGACCACUGGUAGCUACACUGCGAGUAGGAGAGUCCGGAUGACUGAGAAGAGCCCCUUCUGAGGGGUCGUUUCCGAAUCUCCC